GAAGCAACCCCUUUUCUGUGCACCUGGGAGACAGUCCUAGAGAUGGACUCAAAUCUUGUGAGGGAGCCGAAGACUCCCCCGGGCACAAUCUCCCCACUUGGAGUCGAGAACCUGAUGAUGGAGCAUGGCGUGGGCAACCGGAGCGACGACCCGCGCCGAGCUGGCCCUGUUCCGACCGUGACCCGGCCACGGCGGAAGCCCCGCGUGCUAUUUUCGCAGGCCCAGGUGCUGGCCCUGGAGCGGCGCUUCAAGCAGCAGCGAUACCUGUCUGCGCCGGAGCGUGAGCACUUGGCCAGUGUGCUGCAGCUCACGUCCACGCAGGUCAAGAUCUGGUUCCAAAACCGGCGCUACAAGUGCAAGAGACAGCGCCAGGACCAGACCCUGGAACUGGCGGGCCACCCACUAGCACCGCGCCGGGUGGCAGUGCCCGUACUUGUACUGGACGUCAAGCCCUGCCUAGAUCCCGACAGACACGCAUUCCCGAGUCCCUACGCAACCACCGUGCUCUACUCCUGCUUCAGCAGCUACACAGGCACUCCCUACAGCGCUAGCUAUGCGGGCCGCUACACCGGCGCCGGCCCGGGGCCACUUGCACCGCUGGCUAGCUCUGGCUUCAGCCCAGGUGGCCAAAGUGCGGCCCCGCAGGGCCAUUUGGCCGCUACGCCACAGGGAGUCACGGCCUAGUGAAAAACCUGGGCUCACCUACCGACAUCAGGUGCCUGAUGCCUGAUGCCUGAUCCCCUCCCCUUCCACCUGCUCGCCGCUUGGCUGGAAAGCCGCGAUGGGUCUGCACUGCCGGUCGUACUGAUCUCGAAAUGAACUGUCCGGAGGAGCGGCCCCUGCAGACCUUGAGAACAUUCUUUCCCUCGGAGAAGUAACCGUGCUUUGGCCAGCCACAUAGAUGCUGUGCAGAGAGAAUAGCACAGUGGUGGUUGAUAGUUUGGGGGCAGGUGAUUCUAAACUACAAUUCCUUCUAAACUAAUGCAACGGCCUCCCUUCCACCCCUUAAAGGAACGAGCCGAGCCGGGGUUGAGGGGAUGCGGGGGGGGGGGGGUUGAGAGAAAAAGGCCAGACCGUUGAGACUGACCAAGGAAGUGCCAGACAGGAUUUUUAUUGCCACCCACUCUCUGCAAUGGGUUUAAGCAUAGGGACCUUUGGAAACAUCCACAGGCUAGCACUUCCCCUGGCUGUGAUCUUGCUUUCAAAAGGGGCCUCUUCAUUUCUCCAGUCACCUUAACUGCAUUUUAUGUAGGGAACAGCCAGACCAGUAAAUGAGCUAUUCAGUGUGCUUGCGUGUUAGAGCCGCCAAGACCCUCAAGAAGUUCUGUUAUUCUCAGGAGACCCACACGGGAGAACUGGGGAGUUGGAGGCCAAUCUGCACUAAGUAAAGAAACCCUGCCUGUAUCUAAAGCAAAAUAAAAUAGACCUAGGGAGAUAAAACCA